AUGCAUCUUCAAACCUAUCUUCUCGGUCUUCUGGCCGCCAAUGCGCUGGCCGCCAAGGUCGGUGAGUUCGAUGCGGACAAAUGCGCGGAUGCCUCCGGCCUCCAGACUUGCUAUGACAAAGCCAAAUCCGCCUACAACGAUUGCGUCAAGACGAAAUGCGACAAGCACGAGAAUGGUAAAACCGUGGACAACCCCGAUUGUCUGAAUCAAUGCGCCUGUGUCAGGGGUCAGGCUCAAAUUGACUGUGCCGCUAGCUCUUGCUGGAACCAAGUCUACAGCUGCGAGUAUCAACUCACCGUCGGAAAAUAUUUGGAAGGCUGUCCCACAGCCAAGUUGGAUGGUAUCCCUUUUUGGCCUCCCCCAGAUAAGGCCCCCGGUGGAUGCUCGUGCAAUAUUGCCAAGGUCGAGCAGGCCAUGUAUGGAGCCUCUCAAAUCGUCAUGUCGAAAUGCAGGGAUGAGACCGAUCAGGAUAAGUCACACGCUUGUGUUUGCUGUGGCUAUAGUGUCACGCUCUCCAGCUUGCCUGACAUUUGCCCUAAUACUAACCCCGCUCAACUUGGCCUUGAUAUGAGCGAUCUUCAAGAUGACACAUGGAAUACUUGCGCCAAGACCAUGGAGAAGAUUGACUGUGCGAAGGAGUUUGGAUACGCCAAGCUAGAUACCUACUAUAAGCCCGGCCAGCCGAUCAAGAAUGGCACUGAGAGCCUGUCCGCCACUGGUGGUUCCAUCACCUCUCCCGUCAGCGCCACUUUCACCUGGACCGCCUCCAAUUCCACCCACAUUAUUACGGCUCAAUCGACAGAUGCUAAGGUGACCAGCAGUACGACUGCAAGUGCGACCAGUGACAAGAGCAGUGCCUCUGGCAGCAGCACCACCAGUGCUAGCAGCCCUACCCAGACCGACGCUGCAGUGCGCUCUGGAAUGAAUUCGCUGUUGUGGACUGGUAUUGUGGCGGCUGCGGUCUUCGUUCAGGUCUGA